AUGGCCAAAGGGGAGACGCCUAGGGCGGUGCCUGGUUCAAAAUUUCAAGAAGCAGUGGCUAUGAAUUUGCCAGGUCAGGAAGCAAGGGUUUUUGAAAACGCCCUCUUCUCUCAGAAUAUAGGGGCUACGGAUCCAGGCUCGCCUGUGGGAUCUCGGAUCACGAAGAUUAACGGAUGUCUUGAAAGGUGCAAAGAUAGACCCAAAUUGGUAAUUCCCUUUGAAAUGAUUGCUGAAGAUGUCGAAUAUUACUCUAAACAUUCGUUGUAUUGCAAGUUCCUGGGUUUAAGAGUUUCUCUCCAAUUUCUGGAAAACUGGGCUCAGAAAGUGUGGGAACCAGAGGGUGAAAUGGAGGUUACGUUGCUAGCAAAUAAUUUUUUCAUGGUAACUUUUCUUUGUAUGGCUAAUCGGAAUCGGGUUUUUGAGGGUGGACCCUAUUUUUAUAACCAGGUGGGGCUAUUCGUCAAACCAUGGCAUGCAAGAUUUAAUCCUUCUGAGGAGCUUCCAAAUCGGGUUCCGGUGUGGGUUCGGUUACCCAGAUUCCCUAUAGAAUGCUGUCUCGAGGAUGUUCUCCAUAUGCUUGCAUCGAUGCUCGGGAAGCCGGUGGGUCCUUCAUCACAAACCUUGGGUAAGAAAGUUAUGACCUUUGCUCGAAUUUGUGUGGAACUUGAUUUGAGUAGACCACUACCUGAUGCGGUAGAGAUGUGUGCGGGCUCACAUUCCUGGGUGCAACAACUGGAUUAUGAGACCCUUCCUUUUCGAUGCCGCCUUUGUCAUGAAUAUGGCCAUCUUGUGAGAAGAUGCCCAAAGGCCAAGUUAGUGGAACAGCAAAUUUUGCCUCCUCCUCGUGAUAAUCCUAGUGCGGACAAAGGGAAGAAGCCUGUUGUUGGGGAGGGCAAAGAUGCUGAGGGCUUUGUUCAGGUUAAGGCUCGUAAUCGGAACAGAGGCCAGAAGCGGACUCUAAGGGAGCGACAGGAAGAAGAUACCUUUAACAGGUUCGAGAUCUUGGAUGAAUUGGGUCAGCCAGAAGUUAAUCUUGGAUUAAUUAUUGAGGAUGAACAGGUAGGGGAUUCUAGAAUGGGGACUAUUUCUUCCAUUCCUCCUGUUGAUUCCCAUGAAGAGCCUACCGUGCCUAUGGUCACGGAUGGGCAAACAGGGGGUCAGAUGAUAUUAGAGCCAAAUGGUGAAUUGGGGCAAGGGGUAGAGAAUGUUUCUAUUCCUGCACGGACUGCAGCUCCAGAGUCAGAUAAGCGAGGUAAAUCUUCUCCUCAUCUGGGCAUUCUUCAAAAAGAUGGUAAGAAGGGGGUCUCAGAGAAAAAUGUUAAAUUGGGACGAAAGAAGGACUUAGAAAAGAUUAAGAUGAUUGAGGAGACAUUGGUGGAGUCAGGCUCUGUGAAGAACUUGGAUUCCCACUUUUCGACUCCUUCGAAAUGA